CACAAAGAUGGUGGUAUUUAACACCACUCGUUGCUGGCACACUUAAUGACCGACUCAGCAUCAAGCAUCGUUCUUUCACUGUCCAAAUGACCGCCCCUCUAGUCUUCAUCACCGGCGCGACCGGCUUCAUCGGCUCCCAGGUCGUCCUCGCGACCCUGCGGGCGGGAUACCGGGUGCGCCUGUCCAUCCGACACGCCUCCCAGGAGGCCCCACUGCGCGCCCGCUACCCCGACUUCAGUCCCCAGCAGAUCGAAACCUGCAUCAUCCCCGACAUCACCCCGCGCGACGCCUUCACGCCCGCCCUCGAUGGCGUUGACCACAUCUUCCACCUGGCCUCGCCCAUGCCCGGCCGCGGGUCCGACCUGCAAGCCGACUACAUCGACCCGGCCGUCAAGGGCACCGAGUCGAUCCUGUAUUCCGCGUUAGCGUUCCCGCAGGUCCAGAAGGUAGUGGUGAUGUCCUCUGUGCUGGCGUUAACCCCCCUGGAUGCUCUCCGCGAGAAGGAGGUUUACGUGACGGACAACACCCACGAAACCAUCCCAAUCAACCUCCCCGACCCGAUCCCCGAAGGCUUCUCAGGCCACGGCCUGAAAUACAGCGCCUCCAAGGUGGCCGCGCACGACGCCACCCGCAACUUCCUGGCCACGCAACACCCGACAUUCACGCUGAUUACCUUCCACCCGACCUUCGUGCUCGGCGAGAGUCUCAUCCAGACGACCCCGGAGGAGAUCGGGGGCAUGAACGCGUUCUUCUGGAACACGCUGCAGGCCGAGAAGCCCGGGAUGGCGAACGCGUGGGUCGACGUGCGGGACGUGGCGGAGGCGCAUGUGCGGGCGCUGCAGCGGGAGGUGGCCCCGGGCACGGAGGUGCUGCUGUCGGCGCCGACGCCGGGGUCGUGGGACCGGGUGGCCGAGCUGGUGCGCCGGAAGUAUCCCGGGGUUGGGUGCCGGUUGCAGGGGCCGUUUGAGAAGGGGUGGACGGUGGAUACGCGGACGGCGGAGCGGGUUCUGGGCAUGGAGUGGCGGGGCCAGGAUGAGAUUGUGGAGGCGGUGUUGGGGCAGCAGUUGGCGUUGAGGGGGGGAGCUUCCGCUGCUUUGUAG